GUGCGUGCGUGCUGCGGGCGGGGCGCACUCUGACCCGGAGACGACCUCUCUCCGCGCUCCCUCCCCUGCUGUGAAGAUGGCGCUGUCCAGGGUGUGCUGGGCUCGGGCUGCUCUGUGGGGUUCGGCUGUCGCCCCUGGACCCUUGGUCACCCGGAGGCUGCAGCUGGGCCGCUCUGGCCCUGCGUGGCGAGCCCCUCGGUCUUCAAAGCUUCACCUUUCUCCGAAGGCGGACGUGAAGAACUUGAUUUCUUACGUGGUGACCAAGACAAGAGCGAUUAACGGAUCGUACCAUCGUUUCUUGGGGCGUCAUUUCCCCCGCUUCUAUGCCUUAUACACAACCUUCACGAAAGGAAUACAGAUGUUAUGGGCUGAUGGCAAAAAGGCUAGAAGAAUAAAGGCAGACAUGUGGAAACAAAAUCUAAAGUUUCAUCAACUCUCUUACCGGGAGAUGGAGCAUUUGAGACAGUUCCGACGAGAUAUCACCAAGUGUCUCUUCGUCGGCCUCAUCUCCAUUCCGCCCUUUGCCAACUACCUGGUCUUUUUGCUAAUGUACCUGUUUCCUAGACAACUGCUAGUCAAGCAUUUCUGGACCCCCAAACAACAAAUUGAUUUCUUGGAUGUUUAUCAUGGUCUCCGGAGGCAGUCCCACUCGGAAGUCCUCACACAUCUAAGAAGGGCCAGCACUUUUGUUUCUCAUGAGAAGCUCCGGAGGCAUCUAACAGACCUGUGCACCAAGGUGCAGAGUGGCACCCACCCAACAGCACAGGACGUCCUGGCUCUCAGAGAUUGCUUCUCUACCUACCCCUUGGGCUUCAGCCAGCUCCAGGCCUCGCAGAUGAGAGCCUUGAGCCAGGCCAUGCUCCUCACCCCUUACCUGCCCCCGCCCUUGCUGAGGCGACGUCUGAAGAGUCACACCAUCGUGAUCCACCAGCUGGACAGGGCUCUGGCAAAGCUGGGGAUUGGCCAGCUGACUGCACAGGAAGUGAAAUCGGCUUGCUAUCUUCGUGGCUUGAACUCCACCCACAUUGCUGACGACAGGUGUAGAGCCUGGCUGGGGGAAUGGUUGCACAUCUCCUGUAGCCUGAAAGAACCCGAGCUGUCCCUCUUGCUGCACAGCGUGGUCCUGCUCUCCACCAACUACCUUGAGACAAGGCGCUGAGUGAACCACACGGAAAGGACGGCAUUGUCCUGCAGUCACCUAGCGUGGUGGUGUGGGACCAAGGAGCACCUGCCAGCUGUCUGUGCGCACCACUAGCAUGGGAGGCAGAGGAGCGGGUUCCAUGGGCUUCAGAGCACGCUACCCCUCUGGGAGCUAUAGACAUUCCUUCACAGCUUGAGCCUAACAAACCCACGUGUGCUGCCGCCCCCUAUGCUAACCUGGAACUGGCAAGCAUCUCUGGUACUGGAUUUUUAUUGUGAUUAAUACUUAGGUCCUAUAAAGUCAGCCUUUGCCCAGGUGGGAAUCAUGUGGCCUAAAAUUGAGGACUGCCAUGGUUUUGUUUUUAAGGUUUUUUUUUUUUCUUGUUUCUUUUUU